GGGAAAUUAUGACAUGUGGAGUAAAUGAUACCUACCAUUUCCCGCCGCCUGUCGAAUGUGAAGAGAGCAACGAUAGCCGUUCGCUUUACAAGCAUUCCAAUGAAGACAUAAACGGGGGAAGCUUGUAUAAUAGCAAUAAAACUGGGAAUUCGCUGAUAAAGAUAUGAUAUCAGCAAUUGCAUCCCCAAUAAUUAUGGAAACCUAAGCGACUGUAUCUCCCACAACUCUGUAAAUCGGCAUUCCAAACAACUAGGAACAAUAUAUGUUCAUGAUCAAAAUCCAAUCUUUCAAAUGUUCUGAAGAAUUAUCACGUAUUCAUUCUCUGGUCGUGAGUAGGACUGUAGGAGUAGUAGCAGUGGUCGAUAUUCAUCAAGCGUUGCUACUUGGGAGAAUGGAAUCUCACCCAAGUGCUCCCACAACAGAUGAUCCAUAAGUUGUUCUUAACGUUGCCAGAAUGCACGGGUGCUGUUUGAGAGAAUGUCACGAAGACAGGGUGGUUUUUAGUAGGCCCCACGGUGAUGAAAGUGUGAAAUUGAUAGGAGUCGUGUUGUAUCCAGGAGAGUAGGCGUAGAGACAAGUUGAUCCGCGCUAGCGGCAAGGCAUGUUAAUUUGUUGCAAACUUGCAACUACUGGGAAGUGAGAACCUGAGACUAUUGAUUUUCUUGACCGUCUCUUUACACGUCAAUAACAAUAAAAAGGAGCAUAUAGGUGGGUGGAAAAAGAAGAAAGUUAAAACCCAUCUCAGGGCCCUCAGCAUCCACCGACUGAAGGUGGACGGUUAUAUGGUGAUUGGGGUAUUCACCAUUCAGUACUGCAGGCAGGAAGCAGGCCCACUGCAGGUACACACCAAAAGACUGGAUCUUUAGCACUCUUGAGUCUUUUUAUUUUAAACUUAAUUUGUAUCGUGCUUGCAUACAUUCACUUCAAUCAUUACUUCCUGGAUUUCUUUAUUCAAAGAUCAAAUCUUUUUUCUCAUUGACCACGGAUACAAAAUAUAUACUUGUUGUACCCCUCGGGUUUUUGCAUGUAUUUGAAGAGGGAAAUUGAGAAACCCCACCUUAUAUACUUUUAUUAUUUAUUUAUUUUAAAAGUUAGGUUCGGCUUUAAAGUGGUGUUUGCCUUUGCAGCAUCACGUGCUUUUCUUUUCAGAUUCAUGGGCUGAUAAAAUUAUUACUAUAAUUCGUAGUAUAGCUCAAGAGGUUGAAUAGUAUGUCCCAUGUGCAAUUUCUUGGUGUAAAUGCCCAAUCGAGCACACACAAAAAAGAGGAGUAAUGGCAGGGGGGUAUGAAGAUGAAGAGGUAUUUGGAGAGAGCCUAAGGGAAAAGCUUGGUGCUACAGCUAGAGAUAUUGAAUGGACCUAUGCAAUUUUUUGGUCCAUUUCUUCUUCCCAAACAGGGGUUCUGGAAUGGGGAGAUGGGUACUACAAUGGAGAUAUAAAGACCAGGAAAACGGUGCAGGCUACAGAAAUCAGUGCUGAUCAGUUGGGAUUACAGAGGACUGAUCAAUUGAGGGAGCUUUAUGAGUCUCUGUUAGCGGGUGAAGCCAAGCCACAACCAAAGAUGCACUCUGUUGCAUUGUCACCGGAAGAUCUCACUGAUACGGAGUGGUAUUUUUUGGUUUGCAUGUCAUUCAUAUUCAACAUAGGCCAAGGGUUGCCUGGGAGGGCACUUGAGAAGAAGCAAAGUAUUUGGCUAUGCAAUGCAGAUCAAGCAGACAGCAGAAUCUUUACCAGAUCAUUGCUUGCAAAGAGUGCAUCUGUUCAGACUGUUGUAUGCUUUCCGCACUUGGGAGGUGUAAUUGAGCUGGGAACUACUGACUUUGUUCAAGAGGAUCUUGGCCUCAUCCAUCACAUUAGAACUUCGUACCUGGACGGUCCUCACAUUAUCAUUUCCAAAGUUCCACCUAAUAUGAAUCCUUUUUCUCCUCCUCCGGAAUGUGUCAACAACAAUGAUAUAGGUUUGCCUUACAAGCAUUCCAAUGAUUCAUGUAUGGUUGAAGACAUCAACAGGGAAGCAUCACAGCUACAAAAUUGGAUGUUUGCAGAUGAUGAAGACGAUGUUAGCAAUUGCAUCGAUAAUCAUUCUGGGAACUCAAGCGAUUGUAUCUCCCAGAACUAUAUAAAUCGGCAUUCCGAACAACAACAACAAGGAAUAAUCGAUGUUCAUUAUCAAUCUGUUCUUUCGAAUGUGCUGCAAAAUUCUCACCAAUUCAUUCUCGGACCGAGCUCCCGGAGUAGUAGUGUUUGUGAUAGAUACUCAUCAAGCUUUGUUAGUUGGAAGAAGACAAACUCAACUAAAGGCAUAAGCGCUCCACCAGGACCACCACAAAGGAUCUUGAAGAAGGUUCUUCUUGAUGUUGCCCGAAUGCACGGAUGCUCCCUUAGAGAAUGUCACAGAGAGAAUGAGGUUAUUAGUGGGCCCCGAGCUGAUUUAACUGGUAGGAGCCGUGCUGCGUUGGAGAGCAGGCGUAGAGAAAAGUUGAACGAGAGAUUCAUGAUUCUUGCAUCUUUGAUCCCUGCUACUUGCAAGGGUGACAAGAUAUCUAUACUUGAUGAGACAAUUGGAUAUCUGAAAGAACUUGAAAGAAGAUGUAGAGAGGUUGAAUCUCAUAAGGACUCAAGAACAAGAGGAGUAUCUGAUGAUGGUGAUGAUGACAAUGACGAUGAUAUGGAUAAAGGCAACUCAUUGUCACAGAAGGGGAAGAACGAGGAUGAUAUGGAAGAAUGCCCACACGACAACAACAAGGGUUUCGCCAAGAAUGGUUUAGCUCACGGUGUUAACAUUAGCGUAAAUGAAGACAAUGUCAUGAUCGAGAUGAGGUGUGUUUGGAGUGAGGGAAUUUUGAUUAAAAUAAUCGAGGCAUUGAACCAUAUGCAUUUGGUUUGCCGUGAAAUACAAUCCUCCAACACUGAUGGGAUUCUUUACGUGACUAUCAAAGCCAAGAUGGAGGAGUUGAAAGCCGCAUCAACAGGUGUGAUUACACAGACACUAUUGGGACUAACCUGAUCACUUUUGUUCCGUUGCAUAAUGUCUAGAAUGCCUUCCCUUAAACUUCUGUUUGUACUGAAUGAUGUAUAUGCCAACUUAACCAUCUAUUAUUCUUAGUGAGUGAAUUGUUUUUGUUUUUGCAACUUCGGUUGUAACUUAUGAGAGCCUCUUCUGGAAAAAAUUGUAUAAUAAAAUAAUAACUCUAAAGAAAAAUUACUUUAAAUAAUAUCAACCAAUAAUAAAUACACGCUUUUAGAAGCGUAUGGGAAACUCCAAACCUUGAUUUUUUU